AAGAAUAAAAGUCGCGUGCCUUCGAGCGCGUGAUCAAUUUUGAACUGAUUAAUUCUGGUAACUUAUUAUUGAUUCACUUGUAUAACGUAUGAACAGCAACACCAUCAGUUACCAAUUCAACAAGCAAACAUUAUGAAUAUACGACAACUACUAUUACUUACUCAUUUACUUUCGAUAGUCGCUUGUUUACAAACCGUGCCAGUGAUAGUGGCGUCACACAAACUUGUACCUGAUUUGAAGAGUGAAAUCAGAUCAGAUAAUCUUGAAGCUCAUAAUACUACAAGUGUUACCAACUUGAUCAAAAAGUUGAUAACUCAAUGUUCCAGUGAUGAAUAUGUACUUGUAAAUAUACCAGGUUUGACAUUGGAUGAUGUGACUGAUUCAAAAAGAGAUUUAUGGCCAUAUGUGAGGAAUUAUCUUAAAUUGUCAUCUACUUUAGUAGGAUUGCCUUGGGUUCAUGGAACAUUGAAUUAUAAGUUUCUUGAAAAGUAUAUCAUCAAGAAUUGUCAAGCUGAAGCCAUCUAUGUCAAUCGAGUUGAUGAUAAUGAGGUCCAACCUUACUAUGAUGUUCGUACUAGAGCCAUAGUUGUUAAUUUACCUCCCUUACCUGAACAAGAUGAUGUACCAGCAAGAUUACAAAAAUUACUUGAAUAUGAUGAAUUAAUUAGAAAGAUAUUAAGGAAGUUACCAUCACCACAUUUCACGUUAAUAAUCUCCAGUGAUGUAACUUCAUUAACACAUCCUGUACCAACUCCUCACAUAAAGGCUAAUCCUGAAGAUUUUGAAAUCUUUAAUGAAAUAGUGAAUCAUGAAAGUCGUGAAACUGAAUAUGAAAGAAACGAUCGAUUUAAAUCAGUUGAGCCGGUAUGGUAUGAACCCAAGACUACUGAGGAUCGUUAUCUCAGAAACAAGAAGAAAGAUGAAAUUCAUUUAUUUAAUUAUGAGUUAUGGAGUAAAAAUGAAAAAUUAGUAUCAACUAUUAUCGUUAUGAUUUUAGGAUUAUUCUUAAUGAAAUUUAUUGAAUGGUUUAAUAAAUUUAAACAAUAUAUCAUCGAGUCAAACAAAAGGAAGAAUCAAUUAAUCAUUGAUCAAAACAAAAGGAUAGAUUAAAUAAAAGCUGAAUUUUUUUUAUAGCAUAUACUAAGUUUAUUAAUAUCUUAUAUAAAAAUAUAUAUACAAUUACGU